AUGUCCUCCAUGCGAAACGCCGUCCAAAGGCGGUCCCAUAGGGAACGCGCCCAACCAUUAGAGCGGCAGCGUCUAGGCCUACUCGAAAAGGAUAAAGACCGCAAACUCCGCCAAAAAGACUACAAAAAGAAACAAGCAACCCUCAAAGCCCUCCGCGCAAAAGCCGACGACCGCAACGAAGAUGAGUUCUACUUCGGCAUGGCCUCCCGCCAGGGGCCCGGCUCGCGCCUGUCGCAGGGGAAGCGGUGGAGCGGCACCGUGGCCGGCGACCGCGGGAACAAGGCCCUCUCCACGGACGCGGUGCGGCUCCUCAAGACCCAGGACGUCGGGUACGUGCGCACCAUGCGCAGCGUCGUCGUCAAGGAGGUGACGAGGCUGCGGGAGCAGCUCGUCUUCGCUUCCGAGGGGUUGCCCGAGGUGGAUGACGAAGAGGUCGAUGAGGAGGAGGGGGGGUUUGAUUUCGCGGCGCCGCUUUCGGGUCUGGCGCGGCCGAAGAAGAUUGUGUUUGUGGAUGGUGAGGCGGAGGCGGCUCUCAACGGUGUGGGAGACAGAGAGAAAGAGGGGGAGGAGGAAGAGUUUGGUGGGUUUGAUGACAGUGAAGGGGGCGAUGCCGAGAAGGACAAGGGAGAGGAUCAGAAACACGACGAGAUGGCGCGGAGGACUAGGAAUUUGCAGCGGAUACGGAAGGAGCUUGCCUUGGCGGAAAAGAAGCUCAAGGUGCUCACCGAGGCAGAGAGGGAAUUGGAGGUUCAGAAAGCAAAGAUGGCCAAGACGGCUACUUCGGGCGGCGUCACGAGGAAAGGGAAGAAGAUUAUGGUCAGGGCACGGAAGAAGUGA